UGUGGCUGGCUCGUUCAUCAGCUUCUUCUUCUUCGUCUUCUUCUUCUUCUUGCGCCAUUGUGUGAAGGAAGUCGGGUUCCCUCGCCUUUGUCGCCACUCUCCCUGCCAGUUUUGUAUAGGUUUGUGUGUCUGUGCAUGUGGUGUUUGGCAGGUUUGAUAUUUCGGUGGACAGGGGAUUGUAUGUGUCAGUUCUAGGGUUAGAGCGAGGCAGAGAAAGGCAGAAAGGAAGAUAUAUUUUGAACAUUGAUAUUCGUAUGCUCGAAUCCGAACCAUAUUGGAGCAGACAUGGCGUUGAAAUCGAUCCAGAGGUCGGCCACGGUCGCAUUUGCGCCGAUGGCGUCAGUGCUGGCCGUGGGAACUAUGGCCGGUGCCAUAGAUCCGAGCUUCAGCUCAUCUGCUAAUCUGGAGUUGCUCAAGUUGGACUUCGCCAGCACGGAUUUGGACAUGCCAGUGUUGAGCUCGGCAGGCGUUCCUGAGCGCUUCAAUCGCUUGACGUGGAGUAAUAUUGGAGCUGGGCCGUCGGAGGAAUUUCCUUACGGUGUGAUCGCCGGUGGACUUGCGGAUGGCUCACUUCAUUUUUGGAACCCUCACAAGCUCCUCAGUGAAGAUCCAGCUGAACACGAGGCUGCUUUGGUCUACAAAAAUUCACAAGCGCACAAUGGCAAUGUGUGGGGGUUAGAGUUCAGCACUUUGAGUCCGAACAUUUUAGCUUCUGGUGGCGAGGAUGGCGAGUUGCUUGUGUGGGACUUGACGACCCCGUCUGCUGCGUCUACUUUCCCCCCUCUGAAGGGUGCCAUUCAAGGUCAAAUUAGUUAUGUCUCCUGGAAUCGGAAGGUGCAGCCUAUUGUUGCGUCAACAUCGUACGGUGGAACCUCGGUUGUUUGGGAUCUGCGACGUGCCAAACCAGUGAUCAGUUUUACGGAUCCCACCAGUCGUCGACGUUGCUCCACAUUGCAGUGGAAUCCAGAAGUCGCUACACAGUUGAUUGUAGCGUCCGAUGAUGAUCGGUCACCUUCUCUGCAGGUCUGGGACUUACGAAAUUCGGUUUCUCCUAUCAAGGAGCUUGUUGGACACAGCAAAGGGGUGCUGGCAAUGGCGUGGUGUCCUUCUGACAGCUCUCUUUUGUUGACAUCCUCUAAAGACAAUCAGACAUUGUGUUGGGACACUGGAUCUGGAGAGAUCUUAUGUGAAGUUCCUGCCAGCAACAACUGGAACUUCGAUGUUCAGUGGUCACCUGGCAUUCCCGGCGUAUUGUCAACGUCAUCUUAUGACGGGAAAAUUGGUAUCUACAACAUUGAGGCUUGCAGCAGGGCAGAGCCUUCACAUGACUCUUAUUUUGGUGGAGCUGUUGGUGGCAGGGAAUACUCUACAGCUUCAAGGAAGGCACCGAAGUGGUUGAAACGACCUGUUGGUGCAACUUUCGGGUUUGGAGGAAAGCUCGUGUCAUUUGCACCCAAGAAAGCCGCUGCAGGAGCUGCUGCUGCUGUAUCCGAGAUCCGCAUUCAACACUUGCUUACAGAGGAAGGCCUUGCCAAACGAUCUACUGAGUUCGAAGAAGCCAUUGCUGGUGGUGAAAGAUCAGCUUUGCGCAAUUUUUGCGAGACGAAGGUCUCAGCUGCAGUGUCUGAAGAGGAUGCAGAAACAUGGAGCUUUCUUAAAAUUAUGUUUGACGAGGAGGCUCGGAAGCAAUUGUUGGCUCAUUUUGGUUUUUCAUCUCAGGGUUUAGACCAGGAUAAAUCUGAAGAGCAAGAAGACGAGAAAGCUGCUAUUGAGGAACCAGCUAAUCUGGAGUUGACGGGGACUAAUUCCGUUGAAGGACCAAAAAUUUCACCUACGGUCUCCCUCGAUGAUAAUAUUUUAGCGGGUGCAGAUGACGGAGAAGACUUCUUUGAUAGGCUUGAGGUCCCUCCGACACCAACCGAACCUAGUGCCUCGCCUACGAACGCCAAUGACACGGAAGAUAUUGUAGAAGCCGAGACUGAGGCUGUUGUUGCAGAGCCUGUGAAUGAUGAUGUUAAUGAUGGAGAUAAUGAAUCGGAUGAAGCAAUUCAACGUGCAUUAGUGGCAGGUAACUUCAAAGGCGCAGUAGAUGUCUGCCUAGGUGCUGGUCGUAUGGCAGAUGCUCUCAUUAUGGCUGCGGUUGGCGGCACGGCUCUUUGGGAAAAGACCCAGAACGAGUAUUUUCAGAGAACGAAACGUCCCUACUUAAAGGUUGUUUCAGCGGUGGUGAAUAACGACUUGCAGGGUUUAGUGGAGACCCGGCCUCUCAAAGCCUGGAAGGAAACUUUGGCUUUGAUUUGCACUUAUGCACGCAGUGAGGAUUGGAUAACUCUAUGUGAUGCCUUGGGAGCUCGCCUUGAUGCUGGCCGUAAUAUUCAAGCAGCCACACUUUGUUACAUUUGUGCUGGUAACAUUGAUAAAACUGUGGGCAUCUGGUCAAGAGCGUUGAAGUCCAAGAAAGGUGGACCAGAAUUUGUGGAUGUGCUACAGGAUAUCAUGGAGAAGUCUGUUGUUUUGGGCCUCGCGACUGGCACAAAACAGGUCAGCACAUCUUUGGCUAGAUUGGUCUGUUAUUAUGCAGAACUACUUGCAAAUCAAGGGCUUCUAUCCACCGCCCUUGAAUAUAUUAAACUUAUUCCAUCGGAUGAUUCAUCCCCAGAGUUAUCAGCUUUACGUGAACGCAUAACUCAGAGUGGUCAAGUGGCCGGUAUUGAAUCGCAUGUACCUUCAUAUUCGGAACCCAAGUCAUACCAAACAGAGCAGCAGCCGCCGGCUGUAGCACCAGUUCAUCAGUACAACGCUGCAGUUCAGCAACCAUCAUAUUACCCACCUGAUUCACAUCACCGUGAAUCUGUGAAUUCACCCUCUUAUACUAACAAUCUCCCACCCGUGCAACCCAUGGAAAACCUGUUUCCCAAUCAGCCAAUCCCACCAAUCCAUUAUAAUCAGCCUCAGACAAAUUACUCGACUCCGAGUCAGCCGAUUCGGACUUUCGUUCCAAGCGCUCCAUCGCCAGUUUCGAAUUUCAAUCCAACACCACCACUACCACCACCGACUACCUUCCAACCUUCCAGCUUUCAACCUUCCAGCUUCCAACCAUCUUUUGCAGCUCCUCCUGCCUCAUCCUUCCAGGCGUCUCAUCUUGCACCACGUCCCUUUGUCACUGAACAGGGCCCUCCAAGACAAUCAUACACAGGUGUAAAUGCGCAGCAGCCUAGCUUUGUACCAUCUUCAGUGUCCGCUUACCCUGAUGUAAACACACUACAACCUAUGCCAUCAGCUGUUCCAGCUCCCGGUGUCAUGAUGCCAGGCGCAGCCCUUCCAAGUAUGCCGACAGUUCCAUCGGCUCCAGGCUUCAUGCCUGUGUCCACUCCUUCACAGCAGCAGGUAGUUCCACAAGAGCCUUCCAUUCCCCAAGCUCCAAGCAACAAUACUUCUGCUCCGUCAAUCACACCAGCUGCCACAGUACAAACUGCGGAUACCUCAAAUGUUGCAGCUGAGUUGAAGCCAGUUGUGACUACGUUGUCGAGAUUAUUUGAUGAGACUUCUACUUUCCUCGGAGGAGUCAAAGCACCGCCUGCAAAGAAGCGAGAGAUUGAGGACAAUUCCAGGAAGUUGGGGGGACUUUUUGUUAAGUUAAACUCUGCGGACUUGUCAGCUAAUGCGUCUAUGAAGCUUGUUCAACUUUGCCAGGCAUUAAAUGGAGGUGACUACGGCACUGCGAUGCAAAUACAGGUGGCUCUCACAACAAGCGACUGGGAUGAGUGUGGAGUCUGGUUAACGGCGUUGAAGCGUAUGAUUAAACUACGUCAAUCAAUGAGAUAAUAAGUCUCUUCCACAGGUAUCAUUGUUGGUAAAGUACAUCAAGAAUGUAUCUCGUACAUAUGCCGCUAGUUUUUGAGGUACGAGUAAAUUGACAGUUGAAAUCAAUGGUAACCCGGUAUAACUGCAGUGUAAGUAUCCCAAAACCUUCUUAAUUUUUGAAAGACACUCAUGCUCGUUAGAUCAUCAUGGUUAUGAGAGGUUGAGUCCCCUGGGAAAUUAUCAAGCUGCUCUGGUGGCGGCUGUUCUAGAGAAGCAAAAUUCAGUGCCAUCUUUCAGAACCUGUCCACACAAAAAUUAGUGAAAAUAUUUCUUCGUUGAAGACUGUGCAACACUUUUGGUCACAGCAUUCCAUUCCCACUAUUUUGUAUGAACAGGUUAGGCUAACAAAGCAUGGCACUGUGGAUGCAAACCCUGAA